AGGCGCCCUGAUUACGUUAGGCUCUACCUUGUAUCCGUUCUGUCCUAUGAUAAUACAAAGUUGCAAUUGGCUGUUCUUGACACUCAAAAAGGACACCAUCGAAUAAACAGUGGUCAAAUUAACAUCAAGGAUCCAUUUGUUCUAAAGGAGCUCGGUGAAUUGUCGAAGAAGUACGCAAUAAAAAAGCAACUGUUAAAUCAAACUGUAGAAAAGAGCGAAGAAUGCAUGGCUUUGAGUAUUGACAUUGUCGAAAUUCUUAAAAAAGCAAUUGAUGAGUGUACCACUAUGCUAUCCAAGGAUGUUAACGUUACAGCUAGUGGCCCCAAUAUUCGGAUGUCUAUUAAAGCACCAUUUUGUGACACUAUCGUCGAUCUGUCCUUUUGUUUUGAAGAGUCGUGUUCUGAAAAUGGAAGAUGUGUAGCUGUUCCGAAAAUUCCAAAGUCAACUUCAAUGGAUUCGAAAUUGAAAUGUUCACUGGGGGAUGCACCAAUCGAUUGUCAUUGGUCACUAGAAAUGUGCGAUCACCCAUUGGAAAGCAAACGACGUCUACCCGAGGAGGAUCCGAAUGUGAAGCUUCUUGUUGUGUUGAAGUUCUUAUCACAUCCUCCACUCGACUACCGCAUUCUCAAAACAAUGAUUAUGCAGCACUUAUUGAGCUGUUCCGAGGGUCAUGCGACGCUUGCAACGUGUCUUCGGGGCAUCAUCCAAGAACUUUAUACCAAUUAUUACCUUUUCUUCGUAUGCAAACACACACAAUUAGCUCCAAUAACGCCAUAUUGUGAUAUAGAUUUCCCGGAAGUUGGGGUUAUCACAUCAGUUGACAAACGAACGAUGGUUCGUCUGUGUGUUGUAUCGUAUCUUAUUGAAACAGUGUGGAAACGAGAAGAUUGGAAAGAUGUCGUUUUUACAGAGCCAUUUUGGUUAGAUUACACAACAUUACAUAACGACGAGAGACUUUCGAGAAAAACCAUCAUGAGGGAUGUUACAAAAGUCGUGAUGAACGAGUUGAAACAUUUGUUUUAUCGGAACUAGAAAACAUGAAUGACAAAUGACACAGUCUGUGAUAUUGCAGAAAUGAUUUUUAAAUCUAAAAUUUUUAGAAUUACUACAUUUAAUGCAAUAUGUAAACGGAAUGGGUUAAAAGUGCAGAUCUUAACCAUUUUUGAAUUUCCGUUUAGGAAACUUCAGUGAGGUCCUGUUCAGAUCAUGUUGUCUUCUAAACUAUUUUUUCGCAAACAUGUACUUUUUCUUAAACAUAUGAUACUGACACAAGUUUGUGAUAAAAAUGUCGUUUGAAUUCUCCCUACAACGCGUGUAUAGUGCAAAAGGAAAAGUGGUACAUUCAAGAUGUCAUCAUUUUGUUACCGAAACGGUCCGUUUUGGUAACAAGCGUAAUCGAGUGGAGCACCAGUGAGCAGUUUUGAAAAUCAUAAUCAUGAUGAUUAACAAUUGACACUAUCAUUCAAAGAAGCAUGUCCAUGAUUUGAUACUACAGGUAUAUACUGUUAUAUCAGGCCUACAUGUAACCGUAAAACCUCUUUUAACUCCAAUGUCCCUGUACAUACGUGAUAUACAUUGUACAAUAUGAACAAAUACAAGAGAAACUGUGAAGUGGACUAUAUUAAUCCAAGGCUUGGUGUAAUAUUUGAAAAUAGAAUACUUCUUCAAUCAGAUGAAUAAAGAUGGCGACUUUGUUAAACAACUCAACAAAUUAUUAAACUUUACAUAUAGGUUUAAAGAGGUCGACACCGUUAUGAGG